CAAGUCAUGUAUAGUUGAUAUCGCAAUCUUAAGUUGCUGUGGGCGCUUUUUGGAAUCUAUAAUGAAUUCUUCAUAAAUUUAAUCAUAGACUUUCUUUAUAUUACUUCAAAUUCCAAAGUGAGAUUUACUCAUUAUAUAUUAACACGUCGAAAUUGGAUUUAUACUUGGUUUUAUAAGAAAUUAUUAAUAUUGAAAAAUGGACAAGACACAUCACAGUAUGACCUUUUCUGGUGGAGCAAGUGAUCUCCAUGAGUAUUGGGAAGCCUAUCAAAAGAUGAUCGAAGAAACGAAAUUGUUAGAUGAUUAUCUUGAAGAGGAAUGCAGUCCUAAAAAUUAUGACGAAGGAGAAGAAGAGGCUGAAUGGUUGAAAGCAGCUGGCCUGGAAGAGUUAACAGAAACAUGGAAAGCUGGACGAGAAAUUCAAGCGGAGGAAUUAGGUGCUCUAUUACGUCCACUGUCUCGUGCACAGGCAGAGGCGGUGAAGCGUCGAGUGAGGUCUUUGAAUCAUACAGUAAGGCAACGAUUCAGUCAGCGAACGCGAUCUCGUAAACCUGACAUUCGAGAUGUAUUUAAAGAUGUUGAAGACAAUGUAUUGCAGAUGAGCAGCACUGGAACAAGGUCAAGAAGUGCAACUCCAGAUUCAUUAGAUUCUAUGUCUGGUGAAACACCUGAAAGUGCUUCUCCACCAUCACCGCCAGUGUCUACUCGUGAAUCACAUUAUUUAAAUGUAAAUGUUCCAAGUUUUGUAUCAAUUUUUCAUCGAAAUUCACAUGAAGACAAGGAACCAAAGUCAACAAAUACUCCAUCCUCUGUUUCAACUCCAUUACCAGCACAAGAAAUUUUUCGACGUACUGGUCAUCAUUGGUCUCAUCGUGGAGAUGUUGCUAGUGAUAGUGAAGGUAUUGAGUUAACUGCUUACCAACGAUUAGGAACUAUACAUAUUGCACGUCCAAUUGUUCAAAGACGUAGUGGAAGUGAUCCUAGUGAAGUAGCCAGUAAUCAAAAUAUAGAUGUUACAUCUUCUAGAAAAUUAUCAGAAGAAUAUUCUCAAGACUCUACGUUACGAAGAAGUGGCAAUAAUCAUGCACCUGUCACACGUAGUCACAGUAGUUUAUACGGAUUAUCUAGACCAAGGGAUAAUUUGAUGAUAACUCAUCCAUUAAAUAGGACUUCUUCUCAUGGACAUUUAAGUUUUGAACAGAUGUGUAGAGCUAAUGAAUCGUCUACAGAAUCUUGGAAAGAUAGACAAAUUGAUAAAGACAGUGAUGAUUAUGAACGUCAACAUGUAGAAUUGUUGUCUCAGAGAGAUUUAACACGUCUACAACCUCUUUUAUGGCUUGAGCUAACUGCUGUUUUUGACAAGUAUAAUUUACCAUUAACUAAGAGAAAACCAAAUAAACGAAGAAGAAAAGCUGGUAACUUAUUUGGUGUGUCUUUAUCAACGUUAUUAUUACGUGACAGUCAAUUAACAAAUGAAGAAAAUAAUAUUCCUCUUAUUUUUCAAAAAUUAAUUAAUGCGUUGACACAAAGGGGAGUAAAAGAAGAAGGAAUCUUACGUGUUGGAGGAAAUAAGCAAAAAAUAGAAAUUCUUUGCACUGAAUUAGAAACUGAUUUUUAUUCUAAACCAAAAGAGAUUGAUAAAUUGAUUCAGCGCACGCCUUGUCACGAUUUAUCAGCUGCUUUGAAAAAGUUAUUACGUGAUUUACCUCAGCCUCUUUUAACCAUUGAAUAUAUUGAUGCCUUUUAUCAAAGUCAUGGUGUAAAAAACCCAAAUGAUUUAUCAUACUCAUUAAACUUACUGGUUUUAUUAUUGCCAGUUGAACAUCGCUGUACUUUAAAGUCUCUUUUAAAAUUCUUCAAGCUGGUUGUUGACAAUCAGUGUUCAAAUAAGAUGUCAAUCCAUAACGUUGCUAUGAUUGUAGCACCUUCGUUAUUUCCUCCUCGUUAUAUAUACCCUCGCGAUAGAGGGGAUUUAAGUGCUCAGGUUAAUAUGGCAGCUAUUUGUUGUCAAGUUACAGAAGCAUUGCUCAAUAAUGUUGACAAGCUCUGGGACGUACCGACCAAUUUGAUAAAUCAAUUACGUAGGCAAAUUGAAGAAGAACGAUUUCGUAAGUAUAAAAAAAAAUAAACUUAGAAAUUACUUUAUACAAAUUAAUACAAAAAAGAAUAAAAAGGUGUUAACUAUUUCGGGUCCAAAUAGUGCCUUCUUGAAAAAUUCUAAUAAAUAAUUUUUUAUUGUUUUAUAAAUAAACUAAGUUUUAGACGACAUCGUUUUUCCUAUAAGGUAAAGAUAUAUAAUAUCAAAAAAUGUUGCCUUUUGUAAGAUAUGCAGGUUAUACAUAAAUUUACAUUAUUAAUAAUAAUAAUAAUGAAAUUUUUUAGUAGAAUAUAAUCAUGUAAAUGACAGCUUUUAUUGACAGUCAGAUUAAAUAUUGGUGCAAUCAUAUAUAUUUUCAAUUAUCAUAGGUGCUAGAAAAAAAAUUUUACUACAGUGGCAUUUUUUAAAAUAAUUCCUAUCAACAAAUUUUU